AUGGCUAUCAAUUACCUCAUCUUGCUGUCCCGGCAGGGUAAAGUGAGGCUUGCGAAAUGGUUCACCACCCUCUCGCCGAAGGAGAAGGCGAAGAUCAUCAAGGAUGUAUCUCAACUCGUCCUCUCUAGACGGACUCGGAUGUGCAAUUUUCUCGAGUACAAGGACACCAAAGUUGUCUAUCGCCGUUAUGCGUCCCUUUUCUUCAUUGCCGGCUGUGCCUCUACCGACAACGAAUUGAUUACUCUGGAGAUCGUCCACAGAUACGUUGAACAGAUGGACAAGUACUAUGGCAACGUGUGUGAAUUGGACAUCAUCUUCAACUUUCAAAAGGCGUACUUUAUCCUGGAUGAGCUUCUGCUUGCUGGUGAACUGCAAGAGAGCAGCAAGAAAAAUGUGCUGAGGUGCAUAAGCCAACAGGACAGCCUCGAAGACAUGGAGGUUCUGGGCCGAACAAGCGACACCCUCGUCCAGCGAACCAUGAUUUUGUCUGUGGUCAUCUCACUGCAACCCCUAUCGCAUCGCAUGCUGUUGGUGGAAAACUCCCUUCUCCAUUUCCCGCUUGCGACAGUUGAACUGACGUGA